UCGUAUGUUGAAGGAACGAAUUGUCAUUGGUGUGCAUGACAAGAAGUUACAAUUGAAGUUAUUGGAAGGAAAGGAUGAGUCAUUGCAGAAAGUCAUUGAAACGUGCCAGAUGUAUGAGGCUGCAAAUGCACAUAAGGCGUUGUUGAACACAACUAGUCAAACAAGUGUUAACAGUGUGGCUGAACAGGAGCCAAAGGAAACAGUCAACGCAGUAGCACGUCGUUGCUAUAACUGUGGUGGCGAUUUCGCAGCAAGGCAUUUGGAAACAUGCAAAGCUAGAGAUAUCAAUUGCCGAUCAUGUGGACGCAAAGGUCAUUUCCAACGUUGGUGCAAAUCAAAAGGAAAGCAAACGGGCAACAAAGGAACGAAACCGGACAGCAGCUAUAAUCAUGUAAAACAACAGCAACACUCCCUCAACUGGGAAGGCACAGAAUAAAUUCAAACUAUGUUGGAAAUGAGAGGAAGCGAUGGUACAAGGAAUACCGAAUAGCGAAUAAAUUGGUUAGGUUUAAGCUUGAUACAGGAUCGGAUGUGGACUGCAUUCCGGCCAGGAUAUUUAAAACUUUUGGAAUAAGAUUAGAAAACAAAAAUGAAAAUUAUUCGGUUUAUGAUUAUAAUGGAAA